GCGCGCGCGCGCGUGCUGCGCGGUGGCGGUGCGAGCUCCCGAGCGGCUGCCGGAGCCCCGGGGACCGCGCUCUAACGGCGGCUGGGUAGCCUGCGAAGCCUGGAAACCCGUGUGAGUCACGGUCGCUUUCGAACUAGAAAGCGCUUGCGCAAACCUAUUGCUAGAUUUAGGAUUUUGCGUUCGGUUUUCAGUUAGUGCUUCAGAAAGCUGAUGUGCUGGGAUUGAUCGGUCGCGGUUACUUGUAUAAAGGUAGACAAGGAGCUCUGAAGUGUUGUUAAAAAACUUAAAAUAUCUGCAGUGAAUUUAUAAUUACCUUAUUUAAAUUAUCUUGAGAUACUAACGUUUAUUUGCGUGGUUUUAAAGAGAUUGCAGAGAACCGGGUCCUGGAUUAAAGAAAUUACUUGGUAACGAAUUUAAAGUGGGCUGAGACUCGGGAACAAUGAGCAGAAUGAAUUCCUCACAGGACCAGAGUGGCUCCAGUAAUAGAGAAACCCUUUUGCGGUGUAAUGAUGCACGGAGGGAUUUGGAGCUUGCUAUUGGUGGAAUUCUCCGGGCUGAACAGCAAAUCAAAGAUAACUUGCGAGAGGUCAAAGCACAGAUUCACAGUUGCAUAAGCCGUCACCUGGAAUGCCUUCGAAGCCGCGAGGUAUGGCUAUAUGAACAGGUAGACCUCAUCUAUCAGCUUAAAGAGGAGACACUUCAGCAGCAGGCCCAACAGCUCUACUGGUUAUUGGGCCAGUUCAAUUGUCUUAUUCAUCAACUGGAGUGUACCCAAAACAGAGAUCUAGCCAAUCAAGUCUCUGUGUGCCUGGAGAGACUAGCCAGUUUGACCCUGAAGCCAGAAGAUUCAACUGUCCUGGUCUUUGAAGCGGAUACAAGUGCUCUGCGCCAGACCAUCACCACAUUUGGGUCCCUCAAGACCAUUCAAGUUCCUGAGCACUUGAUGGCUCAUGCUACUUCAUCCAAUACUGGGCCCUUCCUAGAGAAAAGAGGCUACCUCUCAGUGCCUGAGCAGCAGAAGUCAGCAUCCAGCAUCACAGCUGUCCCUCUCAGCGAAUGGCUUCUUGGAAGCAAACCUUCAAGUGGUCGUCAAGUUCCUUACAUACCUAGCACCAACCCUCAGGACUGGCUUACCCAGAAGCAGACCUUGGAGAAUAGUCAGACAUCUGCUAGACCCUGCAGUUUCUUCAGUAAUGUCUGGGGCAACCUAAAAGGCUUAGAAAACUGGCUUCUGAAGAGUCAACAAGAAGUUCCUGAAAAACCAAAUUAUCAAAAGUGUAAUAGUCAUUCUAGUACCAGUUCUUUCUCCUGUGAAAGUGAAAAAGUUGAAGACGUAGAGCUGCCCGAUCAAGAUGAGAUGGACCUGUCUGAUUGGCUAGUGACUCCCAAAGCGCCCCGUAAGCUGGAGAAGCCUGAGAAUGACAGCCAUGAGGCCAGUGAGAAGUAUAAGCUCUUGUUUCAGUCCUACAGUGUGAGUGAUUGGCUUGUCAAGCCUGACUCCUGUACCAACUGUCGUGGCAACCAGCCUAAAGGUGUGGAGAUUGAAAACCUGGGCAAUCUGAAGUGCCUGAAUGACUACUUGGAAGCUAAGAAACCAUUAUCCCCCCCUAGCAUAAUUACUGAGGAAUGGCUUGUCCAGAACCGUCAGGACCCAUAUAAAGUAGAGGAGGUAUGCAAGGCCAAUGAGCCCUGCACAAGCUUUGCAGAGUGUGUGUGUGAUGAGAAUUGUGAGAAGGAAGCUCUGUGUAAAUGGCUUCUGAAAAAAGAAGGAAAGGAUAAAAAUGGGAUGCGUGUGGAACCCAAAUCUGAGCCUGAGAAGCAUAAAGAUUCUCUGAAUAUGUGGCUCUGUCCUUCCAGAAAAGAGAUAGUGGAACAAGCUAAGGCACCAAAGGCAAUGAUUCCUUCUAAAGUUGCUGAUUCCUUGCAAGUCAUAAGGAACAGUCCCUUAUCAGAAUGGCUCAGCAGGCCCCCAAGCAAAGAAGGACAUCCCAAGGAAGUGCCUGGUACUGAGGAUAGAGCUGGCAAACAGAAACUUAAAAACCCUGUGAUCACCUCCCGAUGCCCCUUUAACACAGCUGACUGGGUCUUGCCAGGAAGAAAGAUUGGAAACCUUAACCAAUUGUCCUCUGGUGAAGACAAAUGGCUACUUCGAAAGAAGGCCCAGGGAGUAUUACUUAAUCCACCUCUACAAGAAGAACGUAACUUUCCCCUUAACCGUUAUGGCCUCCCUGCAGUUUGUGAUCUCUUUGCUUGUAUGCAACUUAAAGCUGAUAAAGAGAAGUGGUUGUAUCGAACUCCUCUACAGAUGUGAAAGAAUAGAUGACUGGAGUCCAGCAGCUUUUUCUGCAGAUUACACACCUCCAUGAGCUGAGUGACCGCGCUUGCCAAAUUAUUGUUUCUGGGUCUGACCAGUCAGCUUAGUUUCUUUCCUACCUAAUUUUGAACUAGUGAAGUGAAAUAAAUCAUCAGAUUAUGAGUUACUAUGUAAAAGAAAAAGGCUGUUAUUGAUGCUAUGGUGAUUUAGUUCCUUCCUUCUUACAGAAGUAUUAAUUUAAGUCACCCCCACCCUAGAGAUGCAACAUCUUGGUAGACAGAUAGGUCUUUUUCACAACCCUCCAAGGUUCCUUAGACUGGGCUGUUACUCAAAGUACAUUAAAACACUGUAUAGUUUUAAAAAUGAACUAUUUCUGUAAUCAAAGCAUAUUGAUGUAUUCUAAAGCUAGUAAACUUCUCUAACCUUUUGAGUGCCCUUUAGUUUAUUGUAUUCUUCUGUUAGUGUUCUGUGAUUUUUGUUUAUAGUGUAUUUUGCACAAAUAAUCAACCUUACCAAUACAGUGAUUACCAAAAUGUCUAUUAAUAACCUUGACAAUUUUGACAUUAAUUACCAAACAUUUUAGCCUACAUGUCAGUUCUAUAAUUUCUCUUCAUUUGAAAGAAAUUCAGCUACUACAAAUUGUUUUUAUUACUUUCUCUAAAUGUUAGUAUGUAGUGAGCUCUUUUAGAACUGGACUAUUUUCAGGUUAGUUCUAGCCUCUUUCACGAUGUUCUACAGACUACAGCUUUUAAAAGACCCCAGUGCCCUCAGAUUAAAUAGGCAAGACAUGUUGGAAGUGUAAUAUAUACAUACUUGAACCAUUCACUACCCUGGGGAUUACUGGUGCAUCCUGUGCAGGUGGAAGCUGAGUUUGACACCUGGUGCUUUUAUGUAGGGAUAAAGAUGUCCUCUUACUGCAAGCACAGCAUACCUGUACCUCCAAAAGUACAAUGGAGUGACAUUUUAGUGAACAGGCUGUUUUCAACAUUUGUGCCUUGCAGUGUUCAUUGAAGCUUUAUGAAAACUAUGUUUUCUUAAAAUCCUUAAAGUCACACCCAUGCUUUAAAAGAAGUCUUUGUUUUAAAUUCAGUUCUCAAAUAAGAUAUCUUUGCUGCUUUCCAGGCUUUGAAACCAUUAAGCCUCUUAAUUGCUUAUGCUAUUGGAAAUACUUCUUGGGGAAAUUUUAUGGUCUCAAGAUGUCAUUCAACUCAGUUUCACUACAGUUCUUUUGAACCACUAGGUGAAAAGAGCUUUGUAUACUUUUUAAUCUCCUCUCAGAUACCAUUUAGAAAUUACAAUAAAGGUGGUGGGUAAAAAACAAGUUAUAGAGACUUUCUAAUAUCUUAUUAGGCUGCAGCAAAUGUAGUUUCUUUUCUGAGUUCUAACAUGCUGUGUUUUACAUUAUCACAAUAAAAUUUACAAUAUCACUAUGUUAAUGCGUAUGGAAAACAUUGUUUUGCAUUGAUGCAUUUUGUAUCUGCCUCCAUUAAAAGCAUAACACCCA